UCUGUAACAGCCCUGCAGAAGGUUUUUAAGCUAGAAUUAGAAACAUUAACUCAAGUGAACAUUAACUCAGAUGUGGAGUGAUACCAUCAAUCAGGCCAAUAAAACAGCUCUGCUGGCCUGGGUGAAAGAGACUGGCAUCCACCUGGUACAAGUCAAUGGUCAGAGAAAGUAUGGAGGUCCUCCACCAGGCUGGGUUGGAGAUCCCCCACCAUCUGGCUCAGAGGUCUUCAUUGGAAAGCUCCCUCAAGACAUGUAUGAAAACAAACUGAUCCCUCUCUUCCAAAGUGUUGGAAAACUUUACGAGUUCCGCCUGAUGAUGACAUUCAGUGGGCUCAACCGUGGCUUUGCUUAUGCUAAGUACAGUGAUUGCCGUAGCGCACAGGUGGCUAUUACAACUCUGAACAAUUUUGAGGUGCAGAAGGGCUGCCUCAUCAUGGUCUGCAAGAGCACGGAGAAAUGUGAGCUCUGUAUGGAUGGCCUCCCCUCCUCAGUGAGUUUGGGACAGCUGCAGAUGGUGUUACAAGAGGUGACCACAGGAGUCAAGAAUGUGUCCCUGUAUCCCAACCCCUCCAGGAAGCAGGGACAGCUUGCUGUGCUGAAAUACCAUUCUCACUGGGCUGCUGCCAUGGCCAAGAAAACUCUAGCAGAAGGUAAUUUGGAUCUACAUGGAGAAGAAAUUCAUGUGGACUGGCUCAAACCAGAGAUGAAGCAGAAGCUCCGUAACAGCUUGGGGAAAACCUCCUCUGAAGGCUUGAAGCUUGGUUGUGAUGGUGGUGCUUCGAGCCAGAGGCCUGAUGUCCCAGUGCCUUCCCCCUUGCAUGUGCCGCUCUCCAGCAUGUUGGAUUACCUCAGUGCUUUGUGCAAGAAGCAGCAGCUGGGGGAACCUGUGUAUCUGACUAAAUGUGUCCAAGUGAAUCCUGAUGGCUGGAUGAGGUUCUGGUACCAGGUGGUGAUUCCAGGCUAUCCCUCCCCUUUCCGUGGAUUUAUAUGGAUCAAGCCAGACCAGUCUGGCUUGGGUGAACAUGAAAAAGCCAAGAACGCUGCAGCAUUUCAAGUUCUCAAAACUUUAGGGUGCCCACUGUUUUAGGCUGACUGCUUCUACAGAACUUCAUGCUUUCCUUUUCUGCUACUGUGACCCUGUAGGAGCAAGCUGACCGCUUCAGUGUGGGGAUGUGUUGCAAGGGGUUACUGUUUAUUUCAAACUUGUUUUGUAAGCUGGUCUUACAAGACAGGAACACAAUCAUUCUUUGAGGAGGCUACUCCUGCCUCCUUAGUCACUAAGUUUUUUGUUGUUGGGUUUUUUGUUUUGUUUUACAUCAGGGUGUUUGUUUUAUGCAUACAUUGUUUAGGUUUAGUGUCUGUGUUGUCUCUGCUCCAGCUUUGCUCAGAGGAACUGAUCAAGCCAGAGGAUGGUGGCAGCAUGUAGCACUUUUAAUUCACAUAUUGGAGGGGCAAUGUAUGCUAGGCCAUAAAGGAGGAGAAAAAGCUGCCCAGUUCAGUUUGGGGGAGGGGGGGGAUCAUUUUCCAUCUGCCUUGAAAAGUGUGUGGUGUUUGUUCUAUGGUUUGGGAGAGGUUUGAACAGUUCAUUGCAUGAGACUGUGUAGACUUGAUUUUAUCUAACCUUGCUGAAAUGGGGAGCCCAGGGCCAAUGUUCCCAGGUGGGACUGCAACCCCACAGAAGCUCUGAUCAAGGCCCUACUUCCCUCCCUUAAUCAUGGAGGUUAAAGAUUGUUCUGUUUUAAAUUUCUGCCUGAACAUUUCCCUAGGCUUGUUUUUAUAUAGUUUGACUAAUUCUGUUAAAAGCUUUGUUUAUUUUAGAUGUUUUGAGUUUUCUUCUGACCUUGGACCAAUAGGAUUGGACUGAUGUCCUGCAGAUGAAGACGGUGAAGGCACUGUACUCUGAAUGGGAAAUGCCACCUGAAAUACUGCCUGCUUCCUGGUCAGCCCUCCUAGGAAGAGUCCAGGCCCAAACUGUUGGCGUUAGAAGUGUCCAGGGGUCUCUAGGAGUUUGUUUUUUUUCAGGCAUGCAUGUUGACUAAGCUGAGCCAUGAGCAGGAUAUAAAAGGGAUCCCUGCACCUUGUGCUUUGAAUGGCAGGGUUAUGUUCAAUGCGGUGAUUGAACUGCUUUUUAACCAAAAAAAAUGUCUGAUCACCUUUCUAAUGAAACAAAAUAUUUAUGACCUAGGAGCUGUAAGGUAAUGGCACUUGUGGUCUAUUCCAGCAACUCACCAAUGGCUCUUAUAAUGCAUGCAGCUGCAUAUGAAUGAGUCCCCUUCAGCUAUUCACUCUGAAUCAUCAGAGGUUUAUAUUAAAGUAACCUGGAAGGCAA